AUGUGGUCGGGCGUUGCUAUGGGCUGCGCCAUGGUCUGCGCUGCCUCGCUGCCGUGGUCUGCUGUUGGAUCGUUGGCGCUGGGCGAGGCGCUGGUAGUCUCGGCGGGGAUGGGGAGCUUGGGCGCAGGAGUGGUCGCUGGCAUCGACUCGGCCCUGGUAGUAGCUGGACUAGUGGCAGUAGCGGGAGUGCUGGUAGCAGGCCUGGCUGCUGGGGUGCUGAUUGCGGCACUUGGAGUGGUCCGACAACCGGGCAUUGUCACAGCGUGGUUGGCGGUCUUGGGGUGUUUCUUUGGGUUUGUGCUGCCGCGGCUGCUGGGCGGCGACGUUGCGCUUGUCGACGUGCGCAAGGCGUAUCAUGGGCUCGCUGUGGUGCUGUUCACGGGUCCAACACUUGUCGACGGCGAAUGGAUGGUGCUGGCGUACGCGGCGGCGAUGUGCAUGUUUGUGGUUGCAGAAACGGUCCGAGUGCUGCGUGUGGAAGUGUUUGGCGUGUGUGUGGGGAGCUGGCUCGACGGAGUGCUGGACCAGUUCAUCGACGAUCGCGACUCGGGCGUGCUUGUGGUGACGCAUAGCUACCUGCUCAUUGGCUGUGCGCUCCCACUGGUGGUUCACAGAACGGCAGGGGCGGCGGCGAGUGACGGUGUCGAGGCAGUGGUGACGACGCUGGGCGUGGUUGUUCUGGGCGUUGCCGACGCCGCCGCGUCAUUUGUAGGCACGCGAUACGGGAGCAUCAAGUGGCCCGGCUCGCGACUCAACACCACGGUGGCAGUCUACGAAGCCGCCUCGGAGCUCAUCGACAACCUCAUGCUCCCGGUAGUUGCGCUUGCAGCCUCGCACUGCUUCCUAGGCACUCUUUGA